GCGAUAUUGAAAAUAAUCUUCAGUACAUUUGAGGUCAGCUUCGUAAAUAUGGCUAAUAAAGUUGCUGUCGUCACUGGUUCCAAUAAAGGCAUAGGUUAUGCCAUAGUCCAGGAACUCUGUAGAAGAGGAGUCGGUACAGUGUAUGUAACAUCAAGAGAUGCAAAGAGAGGUCAAGAAGCUGUCAAAAAUUUAAAAAAAGAAGGUUACAAGCCGCAUUUAUACCAACUUGAAGUUACUGAUAAAAAUAGCGUAAGAGCAUUUGCUGAACAUUUGAAAAAAGAACACGGUGGUUUAGAUAUACUCAUAAACAAUGCUGGAGUUAUAACAGCAGACUUUACGAAAACUACAUAUGAAGACUCAAAAUAUGUAAUCGAUGUCAAUUAUUACAGUAUAUUAUUAAUUCAAGAAUACCUAUUCCCGAUAUUGAAUCAUAACGCACGUGUUAUCAAUAUGUCCAGUGACUGUGGUCAUAUUUCAAAUUUGAAAAAUAAAUACUGGAUCAAUCGACUCACGAAGCCAGAUAUUAAUUUGGAAGAUGUGACUGCAUUCGUCAAUUGGUUUCUAGAUUCAGUUAAGAAUGGAACUGUAAACGGUGAUGAUUUCGCUGAAACAUCUUUACUGGCUUACAGGAUUUCAAAAGUUGCUCUGUGCGCUUUAACAAGAGUCCAACAGACGGUAGUCGGUCGAGGAAUAUCUGUCAACUCCUUACACCCUGGCCACGUGAAGACAAACAUGACGAAAAAUUCUGGUUUUCUUACAAUGGAAGAAUCAAGUCGAGCCCCUGUUUAUUUGGCACUAGAUAUUGACCAAUCGGUCAAAGGAAAGUACUUUUGGUAUGACAAGACUGAAAAGGAAUGGACCAACCCCAACUUAAAAUUACAUUGCGUAUAUGAAGUAUUUAUAGGAUAUAUACGAAGUGCUGAUAAAAAAAAUCAUUAAAAAUGAUGUAAAAUAAUGAAAAUAAGUAUUUUGCUAAUAUUUGUAUAAAAUACAUA